GUUUCAAAUCUCUUUGUUAGCAAGAUCCAAAUUAAUGUGAGAAGAAAAAAGGAGGUCGCGUGAAACAUUCACAAAAUAGGAGGCGUUUCGAAUCUGCAGUUGUGGAUCGGACAGUGGGCAGGAAGCAGAGUGCUGCAUAGGGUCUCAAUCCCAUUGUUCCGUCGUCGUCGUCGUCAUCGUCAUCAUCAUCAUCAUCAUCUCGCAAUGGCCAAUACCUCUGUUAGAAAGCCAAUCACACACGUCGUUUUUGACAUGGACGGUCUCUUGCUCGACACUGAGAAGUUCUACACCGAAGUUCAGGAAAUUAUACUUUCUAGAUACAAUAAAACCUUUGAUUGGAAUCUCAAGGCAAAGAUGAUGGGAAAGAAAGCAAUAGAAGCUGCUAGGGUCUUUGUUGAAGAGACUGGAAUUAGUGAUUCUCUUAGUGCUGAGCAAUUUCUAGUAGAAAGAGAGGAGAUGCUGCAGAAAUUGUUUCCUACUAGUGACUUGAUGCCAGGUGCUAGUCGUUUAAUCAGGCAUCUACAUGCAAAAGGAGUUCCAAUUGGCUUGGCAACUGGUUCUCACAGGCGACAUUUUGAAUUGAAAACUCAAAGACAUCGUGAACUCUUUUCUUUGAUGCAUCAUUUUGUUCUUGGGGAUGACCCUGAAGUUAAACAAGGCAAACCUUCCCCGGAUGUAUUUCUUGCAGCAGCCAAGAGAUUUGAGGGUGGAUCAGUAGAUCCUUGUAAAGUUCUGGUUUUUGAAGAUGCUCCCUCAGGAGUUCUUGCAGCUAAGAAUGCUGGAAUGUCUGUUGUUAUGGUUCCUGAUCCAAGGCUGGACAAAUCUUUUCAUGAUGCAGCAGACACAGUGUUGAACUCACUGUUGGAUUUCAACCCUAGCGAGUGGGCUUUACCUCCGUUUGAAGAUAAUGGUAGCUGAACUUGUGGGUUUCUAUUACCGUCAUACAUUUUUACUGCAGACAGAAAAAGCUGCACAUCUUUUGUACAACUAAUUGACGAGUAAUUAAUCCCUUUCUAUAGAUUGUCAGUCACAUCAUUUAACCUUUAUCUUAUUGUUCUUUGGUAAUAGUAUUAUAUCGACUUAAGAUCUUAGAGAGUCGAUAUAAGUCCUAUAUAUUUGCGUAUUUCUCUGGUGGCAAGAAACGUGAUUGUUUUGGUUUAUUUAAGCCGAGUACUACUCAUUAUGGAUCACGAUCAAAAUCAAA